CCGAUGAAGAUCGAGCAGGGGGUUUUACUCCGCGAUGAAAGGGUAAAUAGUGAGGGGACUAUUGCCGAACAGUUGGUGGGGGAGGUUUGAGCGAGGGGAUUAAGCCAUCGGAUCCCGAUUGGCGUGGAAAAUUCGAAGCUGGAAGGCCUGUUUCCACCAUUAUAAAAGGUUAAUUUCGGCGUCGGGGAGUGCGGCGAAAACCCUUGCUUUGGGGUUGUCUUCCGCUUAACAAGAAAGCGACAGGUGAUGGACUUAAGCGUGGUACCCUACACAGGGGGGAGGGAGGAGGAAGCGGAGGGAGCGGGCGGCGGCGGCGGCGGCGGCGCGAGGUACCGGGAGUGCCUCCGUAACCAUGCGGCGGCGAUGGGGGGACAGGCCUACGACGGGUGCGGCGAGUUCAUGCCGGCCGGGGAGGAGGACAGCCUGGACGCCCUCAAGUGCGCGGCGUGUGGCUGCCACCGCAACUUUCACCGCCGGGAGGGCCUGUCCGUCGCUGGCCCCCGGCCGCCUCUCCUCCUCUACGGACCCGGCGCCUCCGCCGCCGCCGCCGCCGCGUGGGAUCACAGCAAAUUAGGUCAGCAACCGCCGCCGCCGCAGUUCCCGGCCUUCCUCCCGGCCCCGAUGCCGCUUCCGUACCACGCGAUGCAGCCCCCGCCGCUGGCCGCGGCGCUGCCUCUGCCGCCGUGCCAGGAGGCGGGGCCGGAUCGGGCUUGCCGUGUGGGGUCGGAGACGCCGCCGCGGCGCGAGGAGGCGGCCGCCGAGGCGUCCGGGUCCCGCAAGCGGUUCCGCACCAGGUUCACGGCGGAGCAGAAGGAGAAGAUGCAGGCCUUCGCGGAGAAGCUGGGGUGGCGUGUCCAGAAGCAAGACGACGUCGCGCUCGACGAGUUCUGCCUCCAGAUCGGCGUCAAGCGGCACGUCCUCAAGGUCUGGAUGCACAACAACAAGAGCCACCUCUCCUCCUCCUCAUCCUCCUCCUCCGCCUCCCACUCCGCCACCGCCGACCCCGCCACCCGCGACGCCGCCUCCGCCUCCGCCUCCGCCUCCGCCCCUCCCAUCCACGCCUAAUCAGAUCCUUUCAUAUGAUGUACGUCUCUAGCGGUAAUAACAGAAGAUUAGCGAGCUAUGUCUCUACGGUACGAUGGCUUUAAGAUUAGUACUAUGAGCCCCUAAUUCUCCUCUCCUUUA